AAAGCUCGGACUUUCGAUCUAGAAGCCAUGUUUGAGCAAACGAGGAGGACUGCAGUGGAAAGGAGCAGAAAGGUGUUGGAGGCUCGUGAAAAAGAGAGAGAAGAACAGGCUGAAAAAGAGUUUAGAAGUCCAUGCAUGGAUUCAUCAGCUCCAGCCUCCAGUGCAACAGGAUCUGUGUCCGCAUUAACCCAAAGAGAGACAGACUCUAGUGGAAGUGGAGAUAGCUCAGAUGAAGAGCUAGUUGGUCCUAUGCAAUCUCAAACUUCUGCUCAAGGUUCAGUAGAGGGUACUGACGAUGAUGAUGCUGAAUUCAUUGGGCCACCACUUCCACCUGGGUUCAAGGACAGUGACGAUGAUAACGACAAUGAUGAUACAGAGGAGGACGAAAAUAACCCUGUAAAGAAAAUCCCAGAUUCUCAUGAGAUUACACUCCAACAUGGGACAAAAACAGUUUCUGCUUUAGGGUUGGAUCCCUCAGGUGCCCGUUUGAUAACUGGUGGAUAUGACUACGAUGUGAAAUUUUGGGAUUUUGCUGGAAUGGAUGCAUCUCUCCAAGCAUUUCGGUCGCUCCAGCCUUGUGAAUGCCACCAAAUCAAAUCUCUACAGUAUAGCAGCACAGGAGAUGUCAUUCUCGUUGUAUCUGGUAACUCUCAGGCAAAAGUUCUUGACAGAGAUGGCUUCCCAGUAAUGGAAUGCAUAAAAGGAGACCAGUACAUUGUGGACAUGACAAAUACAAAGGGUCACACAGCAAUGCUCAAUUCAGGCUGUUGGCAUCCAAAAAUAAAGGAAGAAUUUUUGACAUGUUCUAAUGAUGGAACCGUCAGGACAUGGGAUGUUAACAAUGAAAAAAAACACAAAAGCAUAUUUAAACCACGAUCAGCUCAAGGUAAACGAGUGAUUCCUACAACCUGCACAUACAGCAGAGAUGGUAAACUCAUUGCAGCCGGUUGUCAAGAUGGCUCCAUCCAGAUCUGGGAUAGGAAUAUGAAUGUACACACAAAAUUCCACUGCAGGCAAGCCCAUGCUCCAGGCACUGACACUUCAUGCUUGACAUUUUCCUACGAUGGUACUGCCCUUGCCAGCCGAGGAGGAGACGAUACUUUGAAAAUAUGGGAUAUUAGACAAUUUAAAAAGCCUCUUAAUUCAGCAGAAAGGCUGCCCAGCUUCUUUCCAAUGACAGAUUGUUGUUUCAGCCCAGAUGACAAAAUACUUGUCACUGGCACCUCUGUUAAGAAAGGUGGUGGCAGUGGGAAGCUUUGCUUCUUCUACCGGGAGACAUUCCAGAAGUUGUAUGAGAUAGAAGUUACAGAUGCGAGUGUUGUGCGUUGCCUUUGGCAUCCCAAGUUGAACCAAAUCAUGGUUGGUACAGGAAAUGGUUUGGCCAAAGUGUACUAUGAUCCCGUCAAAAGCCAGAGGGGAGCAAAAUUAUGUGUGGUCAAAACAAAACGGAAAGAGAGACACGCAGAGACUCUUACACAGGAUUACAUUAUAACACCCCAUGCACUUCCAAUGUUUCGUGAACCACGACAGCGAAGCACCAGGAAACAGCUGGAAAAGGAUAGACUGGACCCCAUGAAGUCUCACAAACCUGAACCUCCGGUGGCAGGACCAGGUCGUGGUGGACGUGUUGGAACUCAUGGAGGCACCUUGUCAUCCUAUAUAGUCAAGAAUAUUGCACUGGAUAAGACAGAUGACAGCAACCCUCGAGAGGCUAUUUUACGUCACGCAAAGGAAGCAGAGGAGAAUCCCUACUGGGUUGCCCCAGCAUAUGCUAAAACCCAGCCAAAAACAGUUUUUGCAGAAGUGGAACCAGAAGAUGAUGAAACAGACAAGCCAGAGUGGAAAAAACGUAAAAUUUGAGGGAAAAAAAAAAUUUGCUUUUAAAAAUAAUUUCAGAGCAUUAGGAAAAAAAAUACUGCUUUUAGUUCUUUAGUUUGGGUAGUGAAUCAAAAAUUGAAAGCAAAUAUUGCUUCACUUCAUAAAAUUUGCUGCACUGUAAAAUGGGAUUGUUGUAUUGCAGUGGAUUGUAAUCUUGCAUCUGAAUUUUGUAAUAAGGAAUGAAUUGUAUUGUGCAAAGAGCUUCUCUCCGUGGCAGUUACCUCUGUCACCCUGCCUGUAAAGAUGUUUCUUCUCAUGUUGAGGUAAAACUUUCUUGUGUUCCAGUUUGUAUCCAUUAUUCCUUGUCUUGUUACUGUGCACCAACAAAAUAAACUAAUAGUUUCUCAGA